AUGGAAAUUCUGAGAUCAAAGUUUGAGACUGGCGAAAAGGAGAGAAGCUUGGAAAGACUUGUCGGGAUAUACGAUGACCUACGGGUCUCCAUUUCUGGAGAUACCGAAGAUGGUCUCCAGUUCGUUGUUCAGCGAAUCGCCAUGACGGCAAUCGAAAGGCAGGUCUAUGCGAAGGAAGACGUGUCUGAGAUUGACUUGAUUAACUUGGUCCAGACUUGCAAAUGA